AUGCAAAAGCCCCGCCGCCUUCCGGCCGCCCCCGGCGCCCUCGGCAAUGGCGGGCGGACGGGGGGAAGCGGCGGAGGGCUGGAGCGCACGCGCAGCGGAACCUGGAUGGGCGCAGCGGCGCUUAACCCGCAAAAGGAAAAGCUUUCCGGCCUCCGCUCUCCCGGUAGCGCCCCGCCGGCGACGGCGGACAAGGGCGGCGGGGAAACAGGACGCACCGGGGGGGGAGGGCCCCGCUCAGGCUCAGGCGGAGCGGGGGGGGUCACGCCCAAGGGGGAAAAGGGUAGAUUCGGUGAGGGGAAAUGGCGGUUCGGCUUUACGUCGCGUCAGGAUGCAGGAGCCACGUCAUCGGCGCGCGUCGGGCCGUCGUCAGGGCUGAUGGGGCUGUCUCUAAGCGGCGGCGGCGGCGGUGGAGGCGGCGGGGACGGCCCGUUGAAGCGCAUGGCGCGGAGAAUGUUUCCGCCUGUUCCUGCCCCAGGUAGCGCCAAGACGAGCUCCCUCUCGCUAGUGGGCUUUGGCGGCUACCGCGCCCUUCGCGGCGGAAGCAGCGGCGGAGUUGCUAACGCCGCCGCGUCUGGCGCGGCAGCAGGUGGCGGCAUGGGGAGUGGGAGCGCUACUGCUAGUAAUAGUGGCGGCGCGGCGACGGGCGCGCAAGCCGCCGGCGGAGCCGUGAAAACAGAAAUGCUGGCGUUCGAAAUCGGGUGCAUCAUGCGGCGCCUCUUAGAAAUCGACGACGCGACGAGCGAGCGCUCUCUCGCCGCGCUGCGCGCGAACCUCCAGGCGCCCGGCGUGGUAACCCUAAUCUCCCCCGACCUGCAGCUGCUGUGGAGCCUUGCCGGCGCGGAAAAGGCGGAGGAAUUGCAGAGCGUGGCGCUACGAGUGGCCGUGCUGGGCCGCAAGUGCCGCCACCCUAGACUGCACUCGUUAGGCGAUAUGCUCGACCGACUUACCGCGCCCGCUCCCCCCGCUCCUCCUGCGGCGCGCGCGGUUCCCGCUGCCGCCCCAGCUGGCGGCGCAGCUGGCUCAGGCGGCGCGGGUGGUUCUAGCAGUGCGUCGAGUUCUAGCAGCGGGCGGUUCGCAUGGGCGGGGGGAUUCGCGGGCGCGCGCAGCGGGGCUGCUGCUGCGGGGGCGGCACGCGGAGUCGGCGGCGGCGGCGGCGCAGAAGCCGCGGAGAUUGACCUGGCGCAGUUCACCGCGUCGGCGACGGAAGCCGAGGCGCUGAUGAGGUUCAUGAAGGAGCAGGCGGAGGCGACGGAGCGACUGCGCGCGGAGAUGGAGUCUAUUCAGCAGCUGCACCGCCGCAUUCAGGCCUACGGCGAGUGGAACAAGCUCCAGGACAUGGUAGCGCAAGGCAAGGCCAUCGAGCGUCUGCAGUCGCACUGCCUGUGGUCGCUCGACCUCGACUUCCCCGUGCAACUGCUCGUCGCCGCGCUCUGCCUGCUGCGCGCGCGCAUCCUCGCUGCCUUCGGCCCCGCGCCUGCUGCCCCCCCGCCGCUGUGCGCGGUGUCGCUGGGCGUGUGGGGGCUCGCGCUGCACUAUGCCAACGUGGUGGUGGUUCUCGAGCGGAUUAUCCAACAGCCGGACGCAGUCAUGGGCAAGACCAGGGACGAGCUCUACGACAUGCUCCCGCGCAGCAUACAGCAUUCCCUGCGGUGCCAGCUGCAAAAUCCUGUGAAUUUUCUCCCGGAUGGGCGGGUUGAGGCGAACCUCAAGCGCGGGCUGCUGUUGCUGCCCACCAUGGCUCACAACACCAUCUUCUGGCAGUCGCUGCACACGCCGGGCACGAAUAUGGGCACCGAUGAAGUCGUGUUUCAAGUGCAGACGUUCUACUACGCGAAUCGCGAGAGCAUGGAUGUGGCGCUAGUAGACGUGCUGCUGGGCCUGUCUCCUCCUCCACGCCAUGUGCUUCCGCCCUAA